UGAAAACAAAACCACCAUCUGUACCAGGAUAGUUACUAUAGUUGUGUGAAGGUAGCAGAGGCUUUGUUUGACAAGAAAACUUAAACUUUUUUUGCAGUUUGAGUCAAUAGAACUUCCUUCUGGUUUGAUAUGAAAGAAUUAAACAAGCAAUAGGGAUGGCUCCUGUUCCGCUGGAAGGACAUCAGACUCCUGCUGGAAAUAAUGUUCCUCAGGAAGGGUCUAGAGGUGGCACAAUAUCACUUACAGUGCUUAUUGACUUCAUCAUUCAACGGACGUAUCAUGAGCUGACAGUUUUGGCAGAACUCCUUCCUAGGAAGACUGAUAUGGAACGUAAGAUUGAAAUCUAUAAUUUUUCAGCAAGGACACGUCAGUUGUUUGUGAGGUUGUUAGCUCUAGUUAAAUGGGCCAGCAGUAUUACAAAAGUGGAGAGAUCAACACACAUAAUGGGAUUUCUGGACAAACAGUCUCUGUUGUUUGUGGACACGGCAGAUAUGUUGGCUCGAAUGGCAAGGGAAACCCUUGUUCAUGCACGGUUGCCAAAUUUCCACAUCCCUGCAGCAGUUGAGGUUCUUACAACUGGUACAUAUUGUAGACUUCCUGCAUGCAUUAGGGAACGUAUAGUACCUCCAGAUCCCAUAACUCCUUCAGAGAGAAGAUCGACGUUAUUGCGACUGAACCAAGUGAUACAACAUCGUCUUGUAACGGGAAAUCUUCUUCCACAGAUGAGGAACUUGAAGAUCGAGAGUGGUCGAGUCACAUUUACUGUGGAACACGAAUUUGAAGUUUCUCUUACUGUAAUGGGUGAUGGACCAAAUAUUCCAUGGAGAUUGUUGGAUAUUGAUAUUCUUGUUGAAGAUAAAGAAACUGGUGAUGGUAAAGCAUUGGUUCAUUCUCUUCAGGUGCAGUACAUCCAUCAAGUAAUCCAAUCAAGGCUGGUUGAUAAUCCUCAGCCUCUUACUGAAGUCUACAAUUGUCUGCACUUUUUCUGUCAGAGUCUUCAACUGGAGGUGCUGUAUUCGCAGACACUUCGUCUGUGCAGAGAUCGUUUGGAUGAUCACAUCCAUGUCGAUGAGUAUACUCCAGGGAAAUGCCUGUCUAUAUCAUAUUGGAGGGAAUUAACUUGUAAGGAUCCAAAGUCAGAGCUGGGAUAUCGGCUGACAGUGCAAGUAGAUACUCAUGACCCAGCCCGGCCGCUGACCGUUGUCCAUGUCCCAUCACUCGGCAAUAAGGAAUGUGAAAUUGCUGAUAGGGCCAUAAGAACUGAUUUGUUAUCUAUGGAGCGUCUUCUGGUGCAUACGAUAUAUGUUCGGACACGGAGUCGUCUCACAGAAUUGAAGCAAGAAGUGCAAACUAUGAUGAAGGAUGUGGAAUGCCAUCUGCAAGGUUCUCCUGCUAUCUUGUCAGUUCCAGUUCUUCAGCCGUGCCUGCGGGCUGAACAGUUGCUUGUCACUGUGGACACACACACUGGAAUGUUACAGUGCCAUGUACCGCAGUAUGAGGCUCCUCUUAUACCUGAAUUGCAAACAGCUCUAAAUGGAGAUCAUUCCCGCCUUCCUACAUUGGUGUCUGAACUUCGGUAUUGGAUAACGCAGCGGCGAUGUGAGAAAACUCUUCAACAUCUUCCUGCCACACCCCAUGAGAGGUUACCAUUGUUGCAUCAUCCAGAUCAUCCAAUGUCUAAAAUUGGGCGACAUCGUAUGUUUGUAAGGCUUCAUAAACAUCCCAAUGUUAUUUUGAUUGUUGAGUUCAAGGAGAAGGAAUCAACUCAGUGUGAAAUAGACUGCUCGUUUUACUUGGCUGUAGUGAAACACUCUUCGAUUGAGGAUGAUCCCCAUGAUGACAGUAUUGAAACUGAGAUUCCAAAGAUGUAUCUCAAAGUUCUCACACUGAUCGAAUUUGACACGUUUGUCAUAACACAUGGUCCAUUUACAAGUGUGGACGAUCAGAGUGAGAAGUUUCCUGGAAAACGUAAACCUGGAGGUAGGCAAGAACCUGGGUCUCGACGGACAAAGCAUCCUGCAUACUUUAUCCCUGAAUUGGCGCAUGUGGUGGCUCUGUGUGAUGAAAGGAUUCCUUUUGUGACACUAGCACAGGAGCUGACCAAACGUGAAAUUGCGCACCAAGGACUGCAAGUUGAAGCAAAUGCCACAGCAUUAGUAUUACGCUUGGUUCAGCUUCCACCUUCACCAGGAGUUGAUACUCAGUCAGCCUCCUGGCUUGCGUUACUGAAACGUUUACUCUCUGUGGCCAUCAGAGUUCAAGGAAAGGCCACAAAGAAUUGGAUGGCAGAAUUUGUGUUCUAUGGUAGCCCUCUUGCAAGUUCACAUCCUAAGGAACAAGGUCUUCGGCGGCCCGUGUAUUUCCAGUAUGACAUGGGAACGGCAGACACAGUUUCUAAAACGGUGGAUGCUUUGCUAAAUGAUUGGUCACAGAUUGUUCACCUUUACACAGUGGUUGAAGAUCUUGCUGAAUAUUUUCGGAUUGAGAAGUACAACUUGUCAAAUAUGGUAACAAUUAAGUCCUACAGCUAUAGCCGUCUCGUUCUUGGGUAUGGGCCUGACCGUGGUGCCACUGUUACAGUGGACUGGAAUAGCUCUGAUAAAGCAUUUAGACUUAUAUUUGGUGCUACGAACAACUGCGUGAAUGCUCAUUCUCUGAUGAGGGAGCAGUUGGAGGCACAUCUGAACCGGCACCGUAACUUGGCGCAAAUUGUUCAUAUCCUUCACGAGACGUACGAACCCCUUAUUUCUAUAAGUAAACUUCCAACAAUUCCACAGUUAGGGGUUCACAAUCAGAGACCACAGGUUCCAGUACAGACAUUUACAAUUAUGCCUCAGUCACCUACUUUAUUGAGGCUUGCUUAUCAAGGCAUGUACUGUUUAGAACUGAGGCUGCGGGGUGGUGGCUUGGUUAGUCUACGAGAUGGAGCAUAUAGUCGUUUUGAUCGCAGUAAUGUUGUGGAUGAAUUCACUCCAACUCAAGGAUUAAAGGCUUUUCUCUCAAAGUAUGUGGAUGAAACGGCCGUAUUCAGGCGCCGUUCUCAGUCAGAAGAUGACAAUCCUCCUUCACCAAUUACAAUGGACUCUGAUGGUGGUGGUGGCCCUAUGUCCUUUCUUGGAGCACAUCAUCGUGGGCCACAGUCACCAGCACAGCAGAGAGAAGGCGGUCUUCGUUUCCAUCCUCCCCUGACACCUCCUUCAGGAAGCAAUCCACACACACCUGCUAGCCCACAUCCUGCUAUGUCACAGGCCGGCCAGCACCAGAGUUUUGGUUCAAGCCCAGCUACUUCUUUUAAUCUAGCCUCACCUCCAUCCUUACCUCCUAAUAUAAACCCAUCUCCCAAUAUGUUACCACACCCAUCUCCUGGAGGACUCCUAGCAAACUCGCCAUCAAACCCUUUACAUGUGCCAAGUCCAGCUGGACUCAUGCCAACGUCAUCUCCUGGGCCCUGCCCCACUGUGCCAGUGGGUCACUCUCCAGCUAGUUCUUUCAUGGGACAGACAGGGCAUACAGAUGGCAGCCCAUUUCCUUCGUCCCAGAGCAUGGCCUCCCCUGCCACGUCUAAUUGGCCCGGUUCUCCCAGCAUGCCUCGCCCUUCGCCAGCCCGUCCAGGGCAGUCACCUGGGGGUACAGGGCAUUCGGCCCUACACAGCCCACAGGCCGAUCAUAAGCCAGGUGUAAGUCAUCUCUCGCGAGUGCUUCCUCAAAGAUCUUGGGCAGGAGCAGUACCAACAUUGUUGACCCACGAGGCCCUGGAUCUGUUGUGCUCCCCCUCACCCCACCCACAACAUCUUCCAGGUCCGGAACUCUCUCCACUGGAGAGAUUUCUGGGUUGUGUUUACAUGCGUCGCCAGCUACAGAGGUUUAUACAGAAUGAUGAUUGUCUGACUGGUAUUCCAACAACAGAGCCUGGUGUAGUGCAUUUCAAGGUGGAGACGCUGCAGUGUCGGGUAGGUCUGAAUCCGCAGCACCUGCAGUCACUUCAUAUAAAGGUUUCUCCACUACCUGACCACAAGGAGCAAUGGACAGUUGAAGAAAUGCAGAUUAUUGAGAAGUUCUUUGACACUCGAGCAGCUGCUCCUCCUUACAAACCUAAUGCUUUAUCAGGUUUUGGGAGGAUGUUAAAUGUUCCGUACAAUGUUCUUAAAGACUUUGUACAAAUCAUGAAACUUGAAUUGAUUCCAGGUCUGGUGCAGCAGCAGCAGAUGAAAUGGGCUGUGCAGUGGAGCUUGCGGACUCCACCCUCUGCCACACCUAUUGUGCCAACUGGAAUGGCAGCGGUGCUAGUUUGUAGGACCAAGAUCCUUGUUUUUCUCCAGAUUACUCGUAUUGGAGGCCCAUACCAAUCCACCAUUGAGCCACCAUCACUGGUUCUGCCAUUGGUGUACGAUGUGAGUACGAACCUCACGCAGUUGGCAGAGAAGCGAGAUCCUGGUCCAGCCUCGGCCACAACUGCAGCCAGCCUUCAGCUGAAGAGGUUUGCUGAAUUUGGAGUCAGCCACAAUGAAUGCUCGCUGUUUCCUGCUGUAAGGGACUUGUUAUGCAGCCUCAGCCUUCCAUCAGAAUCUCAAGCGCAGGUGGCUUCUUCUCCUGCUCCCCCAACCAUGCAGCCUUCUCCUGCAAUGCAGAUGCAUUCACCAAUGCCUGGAGGUGUGGUAGGAAUGCCACCCCAGACGGGCGCAGGGGGUCCACCUCAGCAACCUAGCGGCCCACCGCAGUCUCCAUAUCCUGUUGGCAUCACAAUGGGUCAGCAUCCAAUGAUGGGUCCUCAAUGAUAUAUUUAUGAUGCAAGUGCAGUGAAAAGUAAUUAGGUGUGGACAUAUAUUUGCUGUUAGUAAAUUGUACAUAGAGAGGCCACUUCAUAGAACGGGCAUCUCAUCGCACAGGCUCGGGCACUGGGACAGGUUUUUCUUUGAGUCCUUCAUUUUUCCCAUCGAUAUCAUUCUCCUAUUGCUCCAUAUUCUCAUGCAUAUUAUCUGUGUCAUGGACAUGGGCCCAUUCAUUAGUGGUUAUAAUUUAACAGAAAUUUAGUCUUGCCCCAUCUUAACAAUAAAAAAUUAUAUAUGGUGUCUUCACCAAGUUCCAGGACAAGAUAAUAUUGAAUGUGGUGGCACUAAUAGGUCCUUCGAUGCAGUUACUAUCAGAAGACGUAUUUCUGACAGCAUUUAUGCAGUUUGGAACAUUUCUGAGAACAUCCACAUUUGACUACAGUGCGAUCUUCAAACCCACUAGAACUCAGCUGCGUCCCUGAAGAGACAACCGUUAAUUCACGGUAAGAGUUAAAUAGUGCAAGACCGGGAGAAUAACAGUGGGCUGCACUAGCGGAGACUUAUGUGCUGGGGCUUUAUUGUGCAGUAGAACCCAGUCUUUGCAUUUCAGGGUACUGCAGUCAAACGGUCUCUCGUUGUACCUUUCCUUGUCGAUUCUAAUGGUCUGUACAGCCACAUACAUACUUCAUCUCGUAAACCAUCUGAUAGAUUUGAUUAAUAUUUUAAAUCUGUGCCGUAAGAUGUUGACAACAUCUAAUUUUGGUUUCUUAGAACUUCAGAUACUGUACACAAGGAUAAAGGAAUUUAUUCUUUAUUUUGUUACAAGAGAAAUUUCAAAUUAGAUCUUCAUAAGGUACGUACUAGAAAUUUUUGUAUGAUGAAGUGUUUUUUUAAACAUUACACAACUGUAUUUGAGCACAGAAAAUGCUGAUAUUUUAUCAUUUCAUCUUUCCUCCUACUAUAAAUAUACAUCUCUUUCCUUGUCUUAAAAUUUUUAUAAUGGCAACAUUUUGCAUUCUGAAGGAUGAACAUCACAUUUACAUGUUAAUAUGUAACUACAUGUCUCAAUAAUGUUGAAUACCUUUUAUUGGAUUGCUAUUUUUCAAAUGUCUGAUCACCAGUGUAUGAUUGGAUUUCAGUUCUCAGUAUCUUAUUUCCGUUAAAUACAUCUGUGUAACAGUGUUCUUAUCACUUCAGCUAAUUGCUGAGUUUGAAUAGAUGCUUUUUAGCCACA